AUGGUUUUGGUUGAUUCAAAGCGUGAUAUGAUUCAAGUCAUUAUCCCACCUCAUUUAAUUUUGAAGUUCAAGGAUGGAAGGUUUCAAUCUAAUAUGUUAGUUGAUGUUGUUGGUGGAGUUAUUGAAAUUCGUCAAACCCAAAUGAUUGCUGAUAAUAACAAGAAUAAAAUUGUUUUUACAAUAACUGAUAUGAGCAAAUUUUUGGUGCAAUGUACUUUUAUGGGGUUAACUUGCUAUACAGUUUUACGAUUAUUACAAGAGUUACACGAAAUAUGGUAUAAGCUUGACGUUAUGACAAUAGACGAGAAAUUUAAAGCAGAGUUUGUUUUUUGGAAUGGCGAUUGUGCGAAGUUAAUUGGAAAGUCUGUUGUUCAAAUGAAAAGGGAGCUGAUAGAGACCAACGAAGAUAAUCCCCUUGAAUCCGCUUACAAACUUGAUGCUAUAUUGAAAAAAGAGCUGGCCAUUAGACCAGUUUUUCAGCCAAAAUAUGGCAGACUUUCUGUCAUUGGCUUCAAAGAUGACGAAGAUUCCCGUAAAAAAAUAAGGGAUUGUUUCAAACCUGAUGAGAUAAUCUUUAUGGACUUCUUUGUUGUAUAA